CUAGUAAGUUCAGGGGCCCUUUUCUGACUUCCUCCGUCAGUUCCAGAGGGGCUUCGGCGUCGGGGUGCUCAUGACUCCCUGAAGGAGGGGGAAGCAGAGAAACGAAACAACGGCCAGACAUUUCGGUGGUUUCCUCGGACCUCCUUCCUUCCAUGCUUUUUCAGGUGGGCGGCAAGACUCCCUCCCCCUCAGCUGGCCUGGCCGAGCGAAGUGCUUGUUGUCCGGGCAGGAAGACCUGCUGAGUUCACUCGAGAAGAGGCGGCCUCAGGAUUGAUUUGCCGCCAGGGUGUGGUUUCCUGAAACCCAGUUUUGAAGCACAAGCCUGGCUAGUUGGCGAAGGACUAAAGAACACUCAGUCUAACAACUGCUAGACAUCACUAACUGUGUAGGCUACUUUUAUAUACUGAAAUCAUGUCUGCAAUUGAUUUUGAGAAGUUAGCUGAAAUAGAGCUGCAGAAAGAUGAAGCAGAAAAUGUAGCUAUGGGAGAGAACAAGGGCUUAUUUGUAACUGUGUCAAAGAGAGAAGUUGAAAUAAGCAUGUCUCACCCAUAUUAUGAUGUGGCAAGGCACAACAUUAUUCAUUUCAUAGGUGAUGACCAUUUGGGGAGAAAGGUGAUUGCUUUCAGUAGCUGCCGCUUGCCUCCCUCCCAUCAGCUUGAUCACAGCCGAUUAUUAGAAUAUUUAAAGUAUACACUGGAUCAGUAUGUGGAAAAUGACUACACAGUUGUCUACUUUCACUAUGGACUGAACAGUCAAAAUAAACCCUCCCUGAGCUGGUUACAAAGUGCUUACAAAGAAUUUGACAGGAAGUAUAAGAAAAAUCUGAAAGCAGUCUAUAUUGUACAUCCAACCAACUUUAUAAAAAUUAUUUGGAAAAUUUUUAAACCCCUGAUCAGCCACAAGUUUGGGAAGAAGGUCGUUUAUCUGAAUUAUUUAAGUGACUUGAGAGCCCAUCUUAAAUAUGACCAGCUUAACAUCCCUGAAGAAGUUAUCCGGCAUGAUGAAAAUCUUCAAACAAAAUGCAAGGAAAAGCGGCCCAGCCCAGUGAAGCUUCCUCCACCAAGACCUCCUCUCCCAACUCAGCAAUUUGGAGUCAGCCUCCAAUACAGCCUCAAAGCUAAAAAUCAAGGUGAAUUAAUCCCUCCAGUAAUGAAAGACACAGUAGCUUAUUUGAAGAGAAAAGGACUCAGAACAGAAGGACUAUUUCGAAGGUCGGCUAGCAUGCAAAUUAUUAAAGAGAUCCAGAAACUUUAUAAUCAGGGAAAACCCGUUAAUUUUGAUGAUUAUAGUGAUAUCCACAUUCCUGCUGUCAUCCUUAAGACUUUACUCAGAGAACUCCCAGAGCCUUUAUUAACCUAUGACACCUAUGACCAAAUCCUUGGAAUCACUGCUGUGGAAAGCAGCUUGCGGGUGAGCAGCUGCAAAGAAAUCGUGCAUCAACUUCCUGAACAAAACUAUGCUGUCCUGAAGUUUUUGUUAAGUUUUCUUCAUAUGGUGUCACAGGAAAGCAUUUUCAACAAAAUGACUGCUUCCAAUCUUGCAUGUGUCUUUGGCCUGAAUUUAAUCUGGUCAGCCAAAGGUGCUCCUUCUUUCAACACUUUAGUGCCUAUAAAUCUUUUUGUUGGGUUGCUGAUAGAUUUCUAUCCUGUCGUCUUCGGCUCUCGAGUUGUGCCUGGUGAGCAAUUACCUUGAAAAUUAAACAAGCAAAAUGGAAUAUGCCAGUAGGAAGAAUCAUCCAUGAACAUUCCAAGCAAGACAUCAGAUAUUCCAUAUAUAUGAAAAUGAAUAAAUUCAUAUGAAGCAGAUUGAUAUCAACUCUGACCAUUGGGGUGUUUAGCACCAGGCGGUAUGCUCCUAUUGCCAACAACUCUUGAAGUGGGCUCUUUGCCAGCCCUUCUUCUUGAGAUCCCUUUGGAGACACCACAGAUUUGAACCUGGGAUCUCUUUCAUGUAAAGCUGUUUCUAAGCACUUGGCUGUCAGAAAAUAUAUUAGUAAUGAUCCGGAGCAGGACUUUUUUCAUGGUGGAACCACACACAUUUAGUCUUUAGAGAUGCCUACCCCAUUUACAAUUUUUUAGGAAGUUGGUAGAAUUUAACAAAAUAGUUCAUGUAUGCUAGAGGUUGUUAUGUAUCUAUGACUGACUGUUGUAUUUUUGUAAUGAUGAGGCUAAAUCCUCUUUUAAUUCCAAGUAGAAUAAAACUAUUGAAAGAAAUGGGAUGUCUUAUUAAUUACUAAUAAAUGUUCCACUGAUUUCAGUGGGACUACUCUAGAUGGGAAUAAAAUUCAGCUUAUUCUGAUUGUUUAUUAUUAGAUUAUUUGUAGCUUUUAACCUUCUCUAUAGGUAACUCUGGCAUAAAAAGAUGCAGUACAGAUUGCUGUCAUGUAGCAUGGAGUUUCUGACAUUAUGGAGCUAAGCCUAUGCCUAACUAGCUACCUUUUCUAAAAGUCCCCAGUUAGUAUUAGAACAGGAACAGAUAGCUAAGCCGAGCUAGGGUGAGUUAGGCUUCAAAGACUUCCAGUUUAGGUCUUUCUGAGGUGAACAACUUUCAUUUGUCUGUAAAACAUAUCUCUGUCAGGUAGUGGACUUGCCCACAAAAGCUCUCAUUAAAAUAUAGCAGUUAAUCUUUAA